UUGAGUAAUUUCUCCCCUUUAAUUUCACAAAAUACUGGGUUUUUCUGUGACUUCGGGCCAAGUCUUCCAUCUCCCUCGACCUCAAGCUUUUCCGACCGAAGUUACGAGCUGAAAUCAAUGGCAGCCCCUGGUAGUUCUAUGUUAUACUCAUUUCUUCUCUUUGUCACCACUCUCUCCCUGCAAGAAAUGUAUAGAGGAAAGUUAGCCUCUUCUGAGUUAUUUACCAUCCUUGGAGGCUUCACCAGUUCUUUAAUAUUUCUUACUUUGCUAACGUUCAUAGGAAAUUAUCAAGAGACAAAUGGAAUCAAGAGUGGAUGGGGUUCGGUUAUACUUGCAGAGGCAGUUGCUCUAGUUGCUGCUAGCACUGUUCAUCGAGUGUGUAUCACAACAUGCCUUUUGUUUUCUGUUGGGCUACUGUACGAGAUCAACAAACUCUCUGUAAUGAUGGCUUCCAAAGGUGAUUCUAAAGCCAAAAGGUACUAAUUGGGAACGCAGUGUCUCGUAGUUUAGUAUCUUCAUAGUAAUCUUUUGAUGUGCGCUGAAAACUCAAGGAUGAGACCAUAAAACAUGAUUUUGUUAGCACUAGAGGAAUCCGACCUGGUGAUCUAUGAUAGAGUCUGGACUAUGUUACUUUCCAUCUACUUGGUUUACUGUCAUCAAUGUAAAAGAUUUUCCUCAAAUUAGUUUUGAUUAGUAUUAUUAUUAUGACUCAAACAUCGAAUUGUUGAAACAUUCUGGUGAUUCUAGGAAACUGUUUAGAUCUUCA